AUGGUUCCCGUCGUUGAGUUGCCACAACACAAGUCGACUCGGAGCGUGCCGGCAGCCUCCGAAGCCAUGGAGUAUCCGUCGUGGACCAGAGAUGAGGAAAGCGAGAAUGAGGCUCACCAUGCCUGGUUGAGGCGAGACACCCAUCGUUCUCGCAGCCGAUCAAGUAAGAGGCGGGAUUCGCCUUUGGUGGCCAGGGAAAACGGCGAGUCGGCCCACGCCAAGCGUGGUAAAGACUCGUCCGAUUCCGGUGAAGAAAGCGGCCACGAAUCGGCUGGCAAGAAAAAUGACAAGACAAAGACAGACAAGUCACCUCCCUACGGGCUUCCGCCGCAGGCGGUAGCGGCACCACCUGCAGUUACGCAACGGCCGCCGUCAUCACGACCGCCGCCAAAACUGCCCAAGAUCAAGACAGAUCUCGAGCCCGCGGCAGCCGUGAGCCCAACCCCAGAUACCAAAAAUGGAGAUUUACCCGGUCCAGUCAACAAUGCGGAUAACCCGCCUCCCCAAGGCAUUCCUCCAGAAAGCCCACAUAGCCCAAAGACCCCUAAGCCCGGGCCACCGCCUGCCAGUGUAACUCAACCCGUCCGCGUGCCCGCUCCCGUCAUCACGGCCCCUCCCGGACCUGCACUCUCGUCUGGGGCGAGAAAGGGCCUGGAACCGCCGCCGACAGAGGUUCCCAAAGUAACUUUGACGGAGUCGAACGCGUCAAGGAUGUCGGCCCUACGUGGCCAAGUUGAAACGGCGCGACCAGAACCGGUGCGGGAUGACUACCACAAAAUCGAAGGCAACCUUCACUCGAGCACGGAAAAUGCCCUCAUCGCCGUUGGCUCCGUUGGUGCUACAAUCAUUACCUUCUUCAUCUUCUGGCUGGCUUGGAGAUGCUUCAAGAUGCACAAACGGAAGCAGGGUGGUGACCCUCCAGGCCGGGGGCCUACCCUUGUGCCGUCACUGGACAAGCCCAAACAGCUCAUUGUCGGCCUUGCCUCCCGCAUCCCCGUGUUGAGGGAGCGGGUCGCCAAGCGGAGCUGGGCCAACAUCGACAAGCCAUACGACGAAGCCUAUUGGGAGAAGACCUUCCCAGUGUCCAGCGAGUCGCCGCAAGGAGGCGGCAAGGGCAUUCACGUGCACACGGCCAUCACCACAAGGAGCGACCCAGAGGGUCAGAGCGACUUGAGCCUGCCCCGCCAGACGCCGCAGCAGCCCAUGGCUUCGCAGCAGGCCCCGUUCAAGACGGGCACGCGCUCGCGGCACCAGCUGUCGGGCAUCAGCGACAUCUCAUCACUGUCGUCGGGCUUCGGGGACGGCGACAUCAUCAUGCCCCCAGCCCACGGCACCGGCCACAGCACCGCCACGAUCAUCACGGCGGAGCCCCUGGCGGUGCCGGCACCGGUGGAGCAGCGCAACAGCGUCAGCGAGUCGUCGCAGCGGCGCGAGACGGUGUACACGGAGGCGUCGGAGGAUCCGCUGCCGCGCUUCCGCACCAUCAACUCGUGGGUGCGGCAGCAGUCGGGCCGCAUCAAGCGCGCCAACCAACGCGACAUGGCCGCCAGCGACGCGCCGCCAGUGCCCAGCAUGCCUCCCGAGCAGGACUUCAGGCUCAUGAUGCCUGACGAGGAAGAGCCCCGCCGGGUAGAGGAGGCGACGGCGGAGGCAGGUCAUGCAGAUUACAGGAGAGCGAGUUAA